CUUCUGCACUCAGUAUGUGCGAGCACUUGGUGACGUCCGGAUCGUAGCGUCUAUGAGUGACAUCGGGGCCCGUGUGUUCGCGACUGGCUGGAGCGCGCUGAGAUGACGCAUGCUCCCUCUCCCAAGAGGCGCACAUGUAGCGCCAGUCAUGAGGACGUCGCACAGGACGAGCUGUACACGAGUCUUCAACCCCUGCCUCCGGAUGGCGGCUGGGGGUGGGUCGUUGUGUUUGCUUCGUUUAUGAUCCACAUCAUAACUGACGGCGUGACGUAUUCGUUCGGCGUCUUCUACUUGACGUUCCUCCAUUACUUCAACGAAGGGAAGGGUGCUACGGCUUGGAUUGCGUCCAUCCUUGUAGGAGUGACGCUGUGUUCAGGUCCAAUCUCCAGUUCGUUUGUGAACAAAUAUGGCUGUCGGGCAGUGACCAUUGCAGGGGCAGUCCUCGCCUUUGUGUGCUUGGUGCUUAGUGUCUUUGCAGAGAAUGUUAUCACACUGUACUUCACUAUCGGACUGGGAGCAGGCUUUGGUUUCGGUCUCAUCUACCUGCCAGCCAUCGUUAGCGUAACUUGUUACUUCGAGAAAUAUCGUUCCCUUGCAACUGGAAUUGCGGUUUGCGGUUCUGGGCUUGGAACCUUCAUAUUUGCGCCCCUCACUGAGCACCUUGUCACAGAGUAUGGGUGGCGUGGUGCCUUGCUAAUCAUUGCAGCUAUUGUGCUCAACUGUAUAAUCCUGGGUGCUCUGUUCAGGCCGGUGCCAGACCACAGGGAGGACAAACCUGUCAGUGGGAAAGCAUCUUCUGGUAGGGUAACCCCUCAUAUCAGCUCUGCCACUGUCGGUCCACUGGCCAAGAAGAAUAACUCUGAGAGAGACCUGAACCAGAUAAUUUCCAAGUCCAACUUAAAAACUGAUGGGAACCCCUUGCAUCGGCCUGUGAGCAUCGGGCACUUCACAGUGGCUCACACUGCUAAAGUCCAUGGCAAGUCACACAAUGUGAAGUCAGACAUUGCCAGACUGGCACUGAGUCAACCUGUUUUGCUUAUGAGCUCAUCUUCAGCAGCUGAUCCCAGUUUCAAACUUACGUUUGGAAGCCAAAGUCUACGAAAGUCAAGUGGCGUCAUGUACAGGAGGGAUAUCUUCUACCGUGGAAGUCUACACAGCAUUCCAUAUCACAGGAGGAAAAGAAGGAGAAGCUGUACGUGGCCAGGUCAUACAAACUUCAGAGUCUUGGGUUUGAGACCUGGAUGCAGCAGAUUAUUUAAGCAAGGGCCACUUGUGUCUUCCCAUUCCUCAAAGAAGGUUGAAUGCCACACAGACAGGCUUGGGUCUAACCCAUGGCUACAUCAGGACAUGAAGCAUACAGAAGAGUCCCAUCAAUUAAUGGAACAGAAUGGCAUUAAGGGCGUGAAACAGAGGCCAGAAGAUGAUGACAGAAUUACGAUAUGUGGCUGCAUGCCUUGCUCAAAAGAAACUAGAGAUACACUUACAGAAAUGUUGGACUUCUCUCUCCUCAAAGAUCCCAUAUUUAUUCUCUUCACUGUGUCCAACUUCUGCACUAGCAUCGGAUUCAACAUACCAUACGUAUAUUUAGUGGCUCAGGCAGAAGAGCGACACAUCUCCACAAACAGAGCCAGUCUGCUGUUGGCAGUAAUAGGUAUUGCCAACCUUGUAGGCAGGAUUGUCCUAGGUUAUAUAUCUGACAAACCUUGGAUAAAUCGAUUAAUGGUCUAUAAUGUGUGCCUGACCAUCUGUGGCGUGGCAACCACAUUCAGUGCCUUCUGCUAUGACUUCUAUUCAUUCGUUAUUUAUGCAUCCGUAUAUGGAUUUACCAUUGGAGCAUAUGUGGGAUUAACUUCAGUGAUUCUGGUGGAUCUGCUUGGACUUGAUCGCCUCACAAAUGCGUUUGGAUUACUGCUGCUCUUCCAAGGAAUUGCAUCUUUUCUUGGUCCCCCUAUAGCAGGGUGGCUGUAUGAUGCUCUCCAAUCAUACAACCCUGGGUUCUAUGUAUCAGGCGUCACAAUUGCUGUGAGUGGGUUAAUGCUGUUCUUCAUCCCACCACUACAAAGGUACUUGAUACAAAGGAAAAUCAGCACAUCGAGCCAAAAAUCAACAAAUCAUCAAAAUGGAAAUGCAGUCCAUAUGGCAGCAUGACAGUGCAACUGUGAUUUGUGAUUGUAAGAUCACUGAAUAUUAAGGAGGUGCCUUCAAGUUAAGUGUUAUAGUGAGGAGUAGCAAGCAUUCAUGGUGACUAAAAGUGGUAAAAUAUUUUCAGAUGACCAGCUGCAUCAAUUUGGUGUCAAAGUCCAAAGUUAUUUUAGUUGAAGAGCUUCAUUAUUUGGGAUAUAAUUCUCUGUAGUCUGUUCAAAGCCAGCUUCAUCACAUGCCUACAACACAUGCUCACAACUUCUCACUCAACCUCCUCGAUUCUCUGCCCACCACACCCUUGCGACAUAUCUCCCCCUAUGUUCCCAGACCUGUUCUAGCAGCCUUUUCAAGGCUGACUCUAGGUAUCCUUUUCUUGUCUCCUGCUGGUUCAUUCUCUUGUGAGCAAGCCAAUUUGUAACUUAGUAAGUUGUCUUGCAGUUCCCUCCUGUUUCCUACAAAAAUAUAGCUUUUAUUAAGUGGAUUGCUCUGGUUGCUAAUUUCUUCAUGCUGGUUUCUUGCUUGGCCUAUUCUUCGACCCUGAAGAUGAAGGUGAUGUUCUUUUGAAACACGGUUUGACUCUCAACAGACUACUUGGAUUUAUAUCCCAGGAGAUAGAAAUCUUCAUGACAAACUGAAGUCUCACAUCUGUUUGCCUAUCAUGAGGGUAUGAUUCCCAGACAUGGAAACUCAGAAGGUAUCCAGAACUUGUCUGCAGCUCCAAAGCGAUGCAAGUGGCCGCUCAAGGUUUUAUUAGCACUGAUAAGCUACCAGAACUAGUAGUAUGUGUAGUCUGUGGAUUCAUGAUGCGGUGUGGUUAUAAAAUCGGAGAAAAUAAAAUGGAUUAUGCAAAUCGUGCAAGGAACUUACAGUGAUGUAACGGCUGGUACUUACAUAGAACAGAGAAACAUUUUAAAAUAUUUUUCUUUUGUAUAGAAAGAGAAGUAUUGGUUAUAAUGUAUUUUGAUUACCAGAAAAUAUUGAUUGAGUCCAUUUUUCAUAAGUUAUGAACGUAGGGAAUUUGAAUCAGUAUGUGGUAUGUUUAGCUGUUUGUUGAUGAGUGCUGAGUGUGCAUGAGCCGUGCAUCUUGCUGCCUUACUCUGUGAUGCUACCCAUAGCUCUUCAUUUGAUCUCUAUUAAGAGCUAAUGAGAUGGGGAAAGUGUAUUGGUGAUGCUGAAUUUCUCCUGGUAAAGAUGUUUGCAAUAUUUUAAUGAACUGUAUUCUUGAUAAUAAUUUACACAUUUGUAUGUUAUGGACAUCUGAAUAUAAAUAUGACCGAACACCGAGUUUUGUAAAACAAAUUACACUGUACAACAAGAUGAAUAACUUUUUCUCAUCUUUACAGAAACACAGGUGAAUUAUGCCUUGGUGGUUUUCUGCUGAGUCAGUGCAUAUCAAGACAAUCUGUUGACUAGUGGCUGCCCUCUUCCACUCUUCAAGCCAAAUGCCUGUCAUAAAUUUUUGUGUUUGCAAAGAAAUCAGUAAUUCAGUUUUCUAAAGAUACCUGUGUAUGAUAGAAGAUUUUCAUGAACAUUUCUGCAGUGUACACAUAAAAAUACGCAGAAUUCGACCAAAUUCACAUCAAAGAGAAAAUUAUUGUUGUACAGUGUGCUGAGUUAACAAAGGAUGACACCACACCAUUGCAAUGCUUAUUGUCAAUGAUACAUUGUUAUUUGUUAUUUAUACACUUUGUAGUAAAUUAAUAUUCAUUUUGGUUAUA